GAAGUGGAAUGUUUACUAUUAAAGGACAUUAAAAUUUCCAGGCCACGUCAGCUCAAUAAAGUGGUCUGGGUGCCAUGGUACUGUCAAUUUAACAAUUCAAGGUAAUACUGUCACGGGAAGCGUUUUUACCUCAAGUAAAAUCUACAGGGAGGUUUGGAUUGGCCGCACGUGCGCUUCAUGUCUCUACGAGAAUCAUUGGAUCGGUGCAUCUUAGAAGAAACCUUGCGUCCUCCAUAUGUUGCAGGAGGAGUGAAGGUGAACAGCCCCAAGGGGAACUCCGAGCUGGACAGAGGUGAGUAGCAAGCGCACACAGGGGGCUAUAUAACUAGGGACAGGGACACUAAAGACUGGAUAACUCUGACAGUCAGGGUUUAUUCAGUAAAGUGAGAAUUCAAAGAAAAAUCAAAAUUAGGGUCAAAGGAAACCAAACUGGAAAAUUCCCUAACGUGGCUCUGCUUCCAGCUACUCCGGCCUGACAUUUGAAAUUCAUUUUGAAUUCUCACAUAAGUAAAUAAUCGUGUCACAUGUUUCCACUAAACUUCAAAUUGUAGUGAAAUGAAAACUGAAUUGCAAAAUUUAGGCAAAGUUACUCAUUUUGUGAAUUUCUCCAAAUCAGUGAUAUUUUUUAACUCUUUAUUCACGAAGGCAAUAACGUCUACUAGAAAAAUAACCAUAAAGCAAUCGGUGAAACAUGUUCGGAUAAAUGUCCUCGAGGAAAACACAGGAUGACUAUAGCACGGCCAUAAGACAUGCGCCCCGCGACUCCUUAUUUUAAUCAUGUAUUUUAUCUAUAUUUUCCAGUUCAGAUUUAAUUUCACUACAAUUCACUGUUCAGUAAAUAAAUUAUAUUUAUUGAAUAACCCAGUUUGGUAAAAGUUGACACCCCACUUUCUGUCCCUGCAAGUGACAUUUUUACUGUAGGAACCUUGGAGUUUGUUCCUUGUUUCCGGGGAAGGUGUUAGUGACUGGAACCAGGAAGUAUCAUGCAGAGGGCAGCGACUCCAUGUGACUGCUGAUCAGAGAGAGCAGCAUGGCUGUGCAGUGCAGCUAAACCCAGGUCCUUCCAAUAAUGGGGAGCACAGCUCUCUCCAGGGCCCUGCUCUGCAGGAGGAUUGUACCCCAUGUGCAAUGGCAGAGGUGGCAGUCAGCACCUGCUGGAGGCUGGGAGAGGGGGCAUCAUCCCCCCAAAGGUAUGACUGGGUCAGAGGAUCCCCCUAAAGUGCUAGCUGGGUCAGAGGAUUCCCCUAAAGUGCUGGCUGGGUCAGAGGAUCCCCCUAAAGUGCUGGCUGGGUCAGAGGAUCCCCCUAAAGUGCUGGCUGGGUCAGAGGACCCCCCUAAAGUGCUGGUUGGAUCAGAGGAUCCCCCUAAAGUGCUGGCUGGGUCAGAAGAUCCCCCUAAAGUGCUGGCUGGGUCAGAGGAUCCCCCUAAAGUGCUGGCUGGGUCAGAAUACCCCCCUAAAGUGCUGGCUGGGUCAGAAGAUAUAUCUAAAUUGUUGGAAGGCUCUGAAGAUAUCACCAAAGCUCUGGAGAUGUCAGAGGUGGACCUCACACCUGCCAGACGGUCCCCUACUAAUAGCACAGUGCUGCUUUUUCCAGGUCAGGGUAGCCAGCAGGUUGGGAUGGCUAGAGCGCUCUUGAAUUACCCCAAUGUCAGGACAAUGUUUGAUGCUGCGCACAAGGUGUUGGGAUAUGACUUGCUGGAGCUGUGCCUACAUGGUCCUGAGGAGGUACUCAGUAGAACUGUACACUGCCAGCCUGCUGUGUUUGUGACGUCCCUGGCUGCCACCGAAAAGUUGAGCCAUGAAGACCCUACAGUAAGUACCAUGCCGAAUCCAGUUGUAUGCUCCGUGAUAAUCACAGCAGAAAAAGUCAAUACCUAGUCUGCCGAUCUCUGAAAUGGGAAUAGCAGAUUUUAGCCAAAGUAGCUGAAUCAGGAAACAUCCCCAACUCGAUAUUAUUAUUCAGAUAAAUCCUGGGGUUACCCCAGUUAUUAUUUUUAUAGUUAAUCUUGAUGUGUUCUAGAUAAAGCCACAUAUUUUGUUAAAGCAAACUGAUGAUCAUUCCUGAUAAUUUACUGAUACCGAAUGUCUGAUCUGUUUUUUUCGUUUGUUUUUUCCCAGGCUAUUGACAAUUGUGUUGCAGUUGCAGGAUUUAGCGUUGGGGAAUUCGCAGCUCUUGUUUUUUCCGGUGCGCUAGAUUUUACAGAAGGUAUUGACACCUGAGCACAAACCUCUCCUACAUUUUCAAGGAACUACAAACAUGAACUGGCAGAGCUUAAAUGGUUACUCCAUCCAUUUUUUCUAAAGGGGGGAGCUCUUUCUCUGUAAAAUGCCUUAUUAGCCACUAUUAAUUAGGUUCCCACCACCCUUAACUGUGCAGUAAAACAGGGGUGGAAUCAGCCAGGGCCUCCUGCGGCAGUGUGAUAAGCUGUCUCGCCAGCUCCAAGCGCAUAUGCAAAAUCUAAGCAAGCAAGUUGAGGGGGGAGACUGGGUGGUCAGGAGGUGAUAUUACUAUUUUAAAAAAAAAUAGUAAUAUUGGUUUUAUUGGAAGGUGGGAGGGCACAGAGAGAGGGAGCGGAUGAAAACAGUCCCCUUACAGGCAGAGCCUGCUGUGUGCACUGACAACAAACGUUAUCGUACGCCCAGAAUUGACAUUAGGUAGUCCGGCACAGAGUUCCAGGCUGCCAAAGUCAUUUCUGCCGGUGUAACUAACCCUCAGCACACAAGUGCAGAUUACUCUGUAUGUGCAGAAUACCAGCAGAGAGACUGCACAUACAGAUUAUUACCACCACGACCACCUUCUAAUCACUGAAGUUGUCAUGGUGGUUGGAGUAACCCUCUAAGCUGGCACUGUGAACAGUGCUUUGUAUUGGUGUCUGUGUAGUGAUGACUAACAUUCACUCUAACAAAGAUUUUGGACUAUGUUACCCAUGAUACUCAGAACAUUGUUUUUAAAGUAAUUUGUUUUACAAAACACAAGAUUCAGUGAGAUUUAAAGGACCACUAUAGGCACCCAGACCACUUCAGCUCAAUCAAGUGGUCUGGGUGCCAGGUCCAUUUAGGGUUUUAACCCUGUCUGCUGUAAACAUAGCAGUUUCAGAGAAACUGCUAUGUUUAUAUUAGGGUUAAUCCAGCCUCUAGUGGCUGUCUCAUUGAGAGCUGCUAGAGGCGCUUUUUUCACAGUGAAAAGAUGCCAGCGUUCAUAGGAAAGCAUUGAGAAUGCUUUCCUAUGAGACUGGCUGAAGGUGUGCGUGGCUCUUGCCGCGCAUGCGCUUUCGGUGGAAGAGGGAGGAGAGUUCCCAGCGCCGAGGGAGAAAGGUAAGCCUUUAACCCCUUCCUCCCCCUAGAGCCCUGCGGGCGGGGGGGGAGGCUAUUAACACUAUAGUGCCAGGAAAAAGAGUUUGUUUUCCUCGCACUAUAGUGGUCCUUUAAGAAUAUGUUUUUCGUUAAUAUUUCAUUUAGUACAUGCUGUUUUAAGUGACCCUUUUUUUUAUUUAGCCUUUGUAUCAAAUGGGAACAGUUUAACCCCUAAUGUAUUUCUCACAUUAACAGAUUUAUUUGUUCUGAAACGCUUCUGAUUCUUAAAGAAACAGUAAACCCUUUCUAGUUAUAAUUCUAUUUGAUAAAUUCACAUGGUUUUAUGUUGCCAAAUGGUGUCUCCAAUGUGCCAUCUAAUACCUCUUUCAUUGAUUGCCCCUGGUUGGUCUAAGUGGCUGGCAUGUGCAAUGUAUGUGUAUUGGCAUGGCUAUAAUUCUGAGCAGAUUAGUUUAGGAUGCCAGUAAGGGUAGAUGGAGAUGCAAACUAAGUACACGAGCAAAGUGCCUGUGAGAUACUCUUUCUGAACUCGCCUGAUAGUGAGAUACUGUUCACUGAUACAAGGAUAGAAGGAGGAUGCCAUACUUCCCCUUUAAGAUCUCUCUCCACCCACAGUUUGCUGUCCUUUUUAUUCUCGCGUGUAAUAGCGGACAAGGCUCAAACAUUAGAUAUUUUUCCUGCAGUAUGCCUGUGAGGGUUUCAGGAUCCAAGGGUAGCUGGUGUGUGGUCCCUCCAUGUACAAAUUAGUCUAGUGAAUCACCAUACGCCAAACAUGGUGAGAUGUAGUGGUUAUGGUGCUUGGCAUAUCCAUUUAAAUUGGCAGAUCAACUGCAAGAUUUCGAGGCGAUCAGAAAACAAGUAAUCUAUUUUAGUCAGUCUCUUUUGAUAGGUUCGGUGAACGAACCACAUCUGAUAUGUUUACGAGGUGAUUUGCGUUUCCUUUGUGCCUUUUCUGAUUUGUUUAACCCUCUAUGUUGUAGCGCUGUAUGCUGUGAAGGCUCGGGCGGAGGCCAUGCAGCGGGCGUCAGACGCUGUGCCCAGUGGAAUGUUGUCUGUAAUUGGCCGUCCUCAUUCAAAGUACAAUGUUGCGUGCGCAGAAGCUCGAGAACAUUGCAAAUCUAUAGGCUUGGAAAAUGUAGUGUGCGAUGUUGCAAAUUACCUGUUCCCGGAUGGCAGGGUCAUUGCAGGAAAUAUAGAGGUAUGUGACACUACUUUAUAUGUGUCCUGUCUAAUGGAUAACCCCAAAGUGUUUUUUUGGGACGGUUACUUUAAAAUUAAUCUCAUUUACUCUAUACAAACAAGGACUGACUUACUCUUUCUCCCUCCGUCUGACUAUAUAUUGACAGGUGAGUGUUUAUUCUAAGGCCAUAUAACAGCGAGUGAACCUACCUCUCUUGUCUCGCUGUGAGAGUACUUAUUAUUAGCAUUUAUAAUAAUUAUCAGUGUCCAGAGUAGGAGAUUUAAAUCCGGCCUUGUGUCUUGGGAUUUUCAGUUCAGUGAAGCAGGAAAUAAGGAGGCCGCGAUAACAGUGUGGAAAUUCUGUUUUUAUCUGAUGACAGAUUUAAUAUAAUAUUCAUGUGAGAAAGUAACUGUGUAGAAGGCAACCCAUAACACAUCCUUUAAUCUGGCUGAGACUUAGAUGAGUUGUAGUCCAAUAGUGUCCCCUCACUGCUUUUUGUAGGAAGAUUUUAGAUAUAUUUUCUUGCGCAAAUUCUGUUGUAUAUUUUUUUGUGUUUUUUCACCCCAUCAUAGGCUUUGCAGUAUCUGCAGAGAAAUUCACGAAAAUACCAUUUCCUGCGCACAAAGAUGCUACCGGUAAGUGGUGCUUUUCACACUCCGUUAAUGGCACCUGCUAUGGAACCCCUGCAAAAAGCCCUCAAGAACCUGGAGUUUAAGCAGCCGUAUGUCCCCGUUUACUGUAAUAUUGAUGGCAAGCGCUAUAAGCACGCCUCUGUAAUCAGCAAACUGCUUGUCAAACAGCUGGUCUCGCCUGUAAAGUGGGAACAAACAAUGCAUGCCAUCUAUGAAAGGAAAAAGGGGGUAGAUUUCCCCCGAACAUUAGAAAUGGGCCCUGGAAGACAGCUGGGGUCCAUCCUGAAAUCCUGCAACUUCAAGGCUUGGAAAUACUACCAAAAUGUGGAUGUUUUUGAAAAAGAGGAAUCUCCUGAAACGUAGAAUAAAAUAUCAAUUUUCAUCUGAUUCCAUUUCUGAGACUUUUUUUUAUCACUAAUUAAUUUAUUUUUGUUACCUUUGAAUUUGUAAUAUAAACAAACAUAUUAAAUAACACUUAAAGGUUAUUAUAUUUGUAAUGCUGACAAGCUCUGUCAAAUCAAUGAUAAUGUGCUCUCCCACCGCUCUAAACGUGUUUUAUUAAAUUGUAAUCUGAUCGUGGCAGGUGCUCACACCGUUUGGAUUCAACACUUCAAUUAGUUGUUUCUGAGUGAAGAACUGGAUAUGGGCCCAACUUUUUGUAGAGUGUCUAUAAAUGGUUGAUUUAAUACAGAGACAGACUGAGUCUACUAGCUAGUGUGGAACAGAAG